AUGGCGUUCCUCAAGAUCCCACGCGAAAUCCGUUUAACAAUCUUAACUUUGGUUAUUUGCUCGCCAGUUGAUCGGCCAAAGGCACCCUCGGAAGCUCAGCGUGGCCGAAGAGAGCUGCGCCAGAAGGCUUGGCUUGGUUACGCAUGGAUGGCUAGUGCAAUAUGCUCGGCGUUAUCACUUAUGUUGGUGAACAAGCAGGUCAACAUCGAAACUAGACAUGUGAUCAAGCAUGCCCGAACCAAUUAUCAUGUCGAUGUUAUGUUCCUCAAAGACUAUGGACUUUGGACAACAUGGUCCAUUCCAGCACUCCCACGAACUCAAUACAUUGAGUCAGUUCAUGCUACAUUUCGGAUAUUCGAGCCUGAAGGUUUGAACAAGCGCUUCAGACGCUCUAUGGACUUUGGCCAUAACAGCAUAGGGCCCCCGUGGAGUUCUUGGUACUUGUACCAGAUGUCGAUGUCACUUUUGAGAGCUGGGCCAGGCUACAUAUAUUCCUCACGAAGGUGGGACUACAAAAGAAAUGCAACAUCUCAGUACAUUGUCAUAAAUAUCAUCAUUGACAUUCUGGCUCCUUCUGACGGAGCUGAGCAUAAGAGUAUAAUGGUUAACAACGAAGACUAUGAGGAGCGUCUUGAGUGGUUUUCAGAUUACAUUGACGAUAACAAUUUAAUCCCUAUGGAAAACCGGCUGGCCAUUUAUAUGUGCAACAGUCUUAAUACGCUUCUGACGCUUGCUUAUCAUAGCUUGAAUUAUGCAGCUUUGGUGUACGAGGGCUUGCAAGAAAAAAUUCAAGUUCUGGUUAAUGGUCGACUUUUCGGACAGUUUAACAUAGAAGAGAUGGAGGCAAAUAUUUCAAUGCAAUACUUUGGAGAAACGCCAGAUCGAAUUGUAGAACGGAAAGAAAAGUAUGAGAAGUGGAAGGCAUGGCUGGUUGAGAGGAGGCAGCGCAUGAAACAGGGUCUGGAGCUUGAUGACAACCGGCCAGUUGAAAAAAUCAUAUGA